AUGAUCACCACUGCAUCAUCCAUAACUAUGAACUCUUCCCCAUACCCUUACAUGACAUCCAACAAGUUCGGAUGCAUUCCAGGAGCCAUGCAUGAGCAUGAGAGGAUUAAGUUAAAGCACGCUUCUUCCUGGAGUUUGCAAUUUAAAGCUCCAAUGAAGGUAAAUGCUACAAAAGUAGGUGCCAUAGAUUGGAGCAUGGUCGACCCAAAGAAAGAGAGUCCAAACAUGGUUUCGGAUCUUCGCGUAGAAAGAAUGAUUCAAGAUGAUUCUGUAUUCCAAGAAAUAUUUUGUAUUAGGUUAUAUGAAGUAGGGCCAGAUCAAACAGCUUCGAUAGAAACACUAAUGAACUAUUUGCAGGAAACAACAGCUAAUCAUAUGAAGAAAAGUGGAUUAAUGCAUGAUGGGUUUGGGUUUGGGUCUGAGGAGAUGUCCAAGCACAACCUAACGUGGGUGAUGGCAAAGAUCCAAAUGGUUGUGGAUCGUUAUCCAAUUUGGGGCGAUAUUGUUCAGAUGGAGACUUGGAAAGCUGCUCAUGGAAAAAAUGGCGUGUGUUGUAAUUUGACAUUGCAUGAUUGCAAAACAGGCGAGAUAUUAGUAAGAGCUUCAAGCUAUUGGGUGAUGAUGAAUACAAAGACAAGAAAGAUAUCCAAAUUUCCAAAUGAGGUUCGAGCUAAACUCGAGAAAAUCUAUGUAGAUAAGCCCCCUUUAAUCAAACAGGACACUAGAACAUGGUCAAGAAGUGAGGAAAAGAUUAAUGAACACAUUUGCAAAGGUUUAAAGCCAAGAUGGAGCGAUUUAGAUAUUAACCAACAUGUGAACAAUGUGAAAUAUGUUGGGUUGAUCCUUGAGAGUGCUCCCAAGACAAUUAUAGAGAAUUACGAGAUUCAUAGCAUGACACUAGAUUAUUAUCGAGAGUUUACAAAGGACAAUAUACUGCAAGCCUUCACUUCUAUAUUGACAAACAACAGUGAUGAAACAUCUAAUUAUGACAUUGUUGAUUGCCAACAUUUGCUUCGAUUUGACAUCGAUGAUGACAAUAGUAAUAUCAUGAAAGGAAGGACUAGAUGGCGGCUCAAACAAGGAAAGAAGUAA